UUUAAAGGGGAAGUCGCUGAGUGCCACUUUGAAUCCAAGGCGGAAGCCACGAACAACGAGAUGGAGCAGCAGCUACAGCAAGGGCAGGAACUUUUCGGGGGGGCUUUUUCUGCCUGCCUUCCUCCUGGAAGCUUGGAUAUCAGUGAGAUGCGCCAAGUCCCCGACAACCAGGAGGCCUUUGCUCACCCCAGCACGGACCAAAGCGUCAUUAUAGAACUGCUGGAAUACCAGGCGAGCGUGCCGGAUGAAAAUGCUGCCAGGUACCACUUUGAAGACAUUGCUGGCACUUCUGCCAACACUGAGAUUUUAAGCCAAGAAUUGUUUGUGACUCAUCUCUUAGCUCUGGAAGGCUGCAGCAGCGCCUGGCACCUGACUGCCCGCCAGUUGGUAGCUAAGUUCAACGAGGAGGCCAAAAACGAGGUCACCUUACACUUGGCACUGCUACGCUUGCCCCAGUACGGAACAGACCUGCUUCUCACCUUCAACAACCCUACAUGGAUCCACCCGCUGAGCAGCAGUGCAACCCACGGGACAGAAGUCCCACCGCCGCAUUCUCAGCCUCCGUGGACAGUGGAACAUUUCCACACCUUCGUUCGCAGCCUGCGGCUCCUCGACCCUGGAAUCUUUGGUUAGAACAUCUCCACGGCUGGACAGCACGCAAUCCAGCCUCGCCCCCCACCUGGACCUCAAGCACAGCACCGUUUGGUUAUGGCUCUCAGAGGGUUACUCCAGUUAAAUACCUGGAUCCCCUUUGUUGGCGGUUUUUGCUUUCCCCCUUCCCCGCACCCAGAGGGAAAGGGGGAGGGAGAUGGACUCAGACUGCCUAAAGACUGUCUCAUUAUGGAGAGGGACAGUUUCAUGGCAGCCCCACUUCCAAAGGUGGUUUUUAGCCUCCCCCUGCUUCUGCAUGAUAUUUCACUUUGCCUUGGAAGGGGGAAAAGUUUCAGCCUGCUCCUUCUCCUCGCAGAUGCAACUGUUUUCUGUCCCGUCCCCUGCAACAUACCCUCAACUCAUGGGCAAGAUGGAAUCAUCCCUCCAGACUGCUAUAUCCAAUUGCCAAUAUACUGUUCACACUUGCACUGGGAGGGUUACUGCCACCCCAUUAGAACAAAAUUCAAAGCACCAGUUUUUUUAAAAAAUGAACAGAUACCUUUAAUUAGGACCAACCAACCAAUGUUCAUAACGCAGGCUGUAAGCUUUAGAGUCACAAUGAAUUCUUCUUCAGGCUUGACGUUCAAGAAAAAAAAAAAUUGGAGGAGAAAAGCAGACGAAACCAUAGUGUUAACACAAACACUUUGCUGGGGUUUCACCCCCAUUUUUCAAGUAUUGUAGGCUUUUCUUUUUUUUAGGUUUGACCUGUCCAUGGGCUAGAAUGUCAGGUUACCCAGAGGCACGCUGGGUCAAACGUGUUACGGGCCAUCCUCUGAAGAUACAAUAUAAAAUAAAUACGUUUUAAAGUGACGAGUUAGUUAGAAAUUUCUAUGCUUACGUUAACUGGAAUGCACCAGUCCAGUUAAAGAGUGACAUGUAUGGAUUGGGAAUGCAGGUGGCAUGUGGUGGAAUAAAGGCCUCCCAUUUUUUCUUGGUUGUGGGGAGAGCGGCAGCGGCCGUCCCCAAUGCUUCUGUGCUGCUGCUAGACCACAAAGCUAGAACAUCGAGCUGGUCUGGAACUACACGCCCUGCCUAAUUUCUAGUCAUUUUACCCUGAAGGGUGAAAGGUGCAGUGAGUUUAGACAAUGGAAGACAAUGGGACCCAAGACACCAGGCUUCAGUUAAGUCCUCGCAAUGUGUGUGUAUGUGGGGCUAAAGGUCCAAUUUAAUUAGCAACGCCUUUGCUGUUACCUAAGGUAUAUUUUUAAAGUGCUUCAAACUAAAGUAUUUUAAAAGUGCUUAAGAACUCAAAAAUAUUACAUCUCCCCCCAGUAAAAUAAAGCUUGGUAAAUUCCUCUCCUACGUAUUUGUGCGGAUCUUUUGGUGUGGCCUGGCAGGAGGAGUUACAGCCUAUCGUUCAUGUCACGGCUAUAAUAAAACCCUAGCUUUCUCUCUUUUGUCUCCUGCGGACAACUGCCCCUUCCUCCACUACAGGAGACAGAAAGAUGGCUUCGAAAGUGAGCUGGGAAAUCCCAUCUUCGCACAAUGGGAUUCUUCAAUGGGAUUCUCUAGCUCAACUCCCUUAAGAAAAGAAGCUGAGAACAAGAGCCAGGGAGCACCUGAAAGGGGGAUUAUUAUUAUUAUUUUUACACACCAGCGCCACCCAGAGGUGGGCCUACUGCAAUACCUGGAGUCUAAGAGACACACAGGUGCGGCCUACCUAAAGGCCUACUUGGUUACCAUGGGA